GGUGCCCGCACCUACUCCGUGCGUGCGUGAGCCUGCGUCACACCCGCACUGACCUGCCUCCCUCCUCCUGUGUGUGUGUCUCCUAGGGACGGAAUUGGACGAAAGUUUCAAGGAGUUUGGGAAAAACCGCGAAGUCAUGGGGCUCUGUCGCGAAGACAUGCCAAUAUUUGGUCUCUGUCCAGCCCACGAUGAUUUCUACUUGGUGGUGUGUAACGACUGCAAUCAGGUUGUCAAACCGCAGGCAUUUCAAUCACAUUAUGAAAGAAGACAUAGCUCAGCCAGCAAGCCUUCUUUGGCCGUUCCUCCCACGUCAGUAUUCUCCUUCUUCCCUUCUCUGUCCAAAAGCAAAGGCGGCAAUGCCAGUGGAAGCAGCCGCCCUGCCAGCGGCAGUGUUCUCAGCGCAUCCUCAUUAAGUUCCAAGCUGUUGAAAUCGCCCAAAGAGAAACUGCAGCUCAGGGGGAACACCAGGCCAAUGCAUCCCAUUCAGCAGAGUAGAGUCCCCCAGGCUAGAAUCAUGGCGCCCUCUGUCAAAAUGGAAAAGAUUCAUCCGAAGAUGGAUGGUACACUACUGAAAUCUGCGGCGGGGCCAACCUGUCCUGCUACUGUGAGUUCCUCAGUCAAGCCUGGCCUUAACUGCCCCUCAAUACCAAAGCCAACCUUGCCUUCACCUGGACAGAUGUUGAAUGGCAAAGGGCUUCCUGCACCGCCCACUCUGGAAAAGAAGUCUGAAGAUAAUUCCAAUAACAAGAAAUUUUUAAAUAAGAGAUUAUCAGAAAGAGAGUUUGACCCUGACAUACACUGUGGGGUAAUCGAUCUCGACACCAAGAAGCCCUGCACCCGGUCUUUGACAUGCAAGACACAUUCCUUAACCCAACGGAGGGCUGUCCAGGGUAGAAGAAAACGAUUUGAUGUGUUAUUAGCCGAGCACAAAAACAAAACCAGGGAAAAGGAAUUGAUUCGCCAUCUGGACUCUCAGCAAUCAACACAGCCUCUCAGGGACCCGCAUCUCGCCCCUUCUAGAACUUCACAGGAGCCACACCAAAACUCUCAUGGAGUGAUUCCUUCUGAAUCAAAGCCUUUCGUAGCUAGUAAACCUAAACCUCACACCCCCAGUCUUCCAAGGCCUCCAGGCUGCCCUGCUCAGCAAGGUGGGAGUGCCCCCAUUGACCCUCCUCCAGUCCAUGAAUCUCCACACCCUCCCCUGCCUGCCACUGAGCCAGCUUCUCGGUUAUCCAGUGAGGAGGGAGAAGGCGAUGACAAAGAAGAGUCUGUUGAAAAACUGGACUGUCAUUAUUCAGGUCAUCAUCCUCAGCCAGCAUCUUUUUGCACAUUCGGGAGCCGGCAGAUUGGAAGAGGCUAUUAUGUGUUUGACUCCAGGUGGAACCGGCUUCGCUGCGCCCUCAACCUCAUGGUGGAGAAGCAUCUGAACGCGCAGCUGUGGAAGAAAAUCCCACCAGUUCCCAGUACCACCUCACCCAUCUCCACCCGUGUUCCUCACCGGACAAACUCAGUGCCCACAUCCCAGUGUGGGGCCAGCUGUCUGGCAGCAGCCACCAUGUCUACAUCCCCAGCCCUGCUCUCCUCCACCUGCAUCUCCCCAAACAGCAGAUCGGUACCAGCUCACGGCACCACACUAAAUGCACAGCCUGCCGCCUCCGGGGCCAUGGACCCCGUGUGCAGUAUGCAGUCCAGACAAGUGUCCUCGUCCUCAUCCCCGUCCACGCCCUCCGGCCUCUCCUCGGUGCCCUCCUCCCCUCUCUCCAGGAAACCUCAGAAGCUGAAGUCCAGCAAGUCUUCAAGGCCCAAGGAGUCUUCUGGGAGCAGCACUGACUGUCACACCAGUGGCAGCCGGACCAGCGGCACCUCAGGGAAGAAGCGCAAAGCUGGUUCCCCACCGUUAGUUCACUCUGCCUCCGCCGCCGCUGCCGCCGCUGCCUCUUCGUCUCAUUCCAUGGAGUCUUUUAGGAAGAACUGUGUGGCCCACUUGGGGCCGCCCUACCCCUGCACAGUAACAUCUGCCCAUGGCGUUGGCCUCAACUGCGUGACGAAUAAAGCGAACUCGGUGAGUGUCCGGCACGAGCAGUCGGGGCGGGGCGCCCCCGGAGGGAGCCCUGCCGAGUCCAUCAAGAGGAUGAGUGUGAUGGUGAACAGCGGCGACGCCACGCUUUCCCUCGGCCCGUUCAUCCACCAGUCCAGCGAGCUGCCCGUCAAUUCCCACGGCGCCUACUCACACCCACACACUCCUCUGGACAAACUCAUAGGAAAGAAGAGGAAGUGCCCGCCUGGCUCGAGCGGUGUCAGCAGCAGCAGCAGCAAACCCACUAAGGUUGCCAAAUUGCCAGCCAUGAACAAUGUCCACGUGAAACACACAGGCGCCAGCCCAGGGGCACCAGGACUGACGAGCAGCUCCUUCCUUCAUCAGGAUAUCUCCUCACCUUGCUCACGAAUAGGAAUUUCAGCAGCAUCACCCCAGAGCCCUGAUGUAAAAUCCAAAGACACGUCCCUGACAACUGAAAAUAGCGUGGGGAGGAAUAGUCCGGACACUUUUAAUGACAAGUUACACCUCCACUCAGCACCCUGGACUCCAAGAUGCCUUUGAGUCUGUUUUCCCAACCUCCUGCCGGCCUCAAGGGUGGAGAUCUGCGGCUGUUGUUUAACGAGGAGUUCCCUGAAGCUAUGUCUGUAGCAGUGAGUACUCAUAAAGGACACUGGAUCAAGUUCAGCCACCGAAUUGCUUCUAUCAGUGUUACAGUGGUCUGGACUACUCGUUACCAAUCUGUGAGAAAUUUUUGUGUUGUUUUUUAACUUGCAGUAUAUCAUGGAGCCAUUCUUCGAGUAGAUUGGCUGGGUGAAAGAAUGUUCUGGGAGAACAUUACUGUAGACUUGUCUCCCUCCCUCCUCUCCCCACCCCAGUUCUUUUCUACACUGCCCUCUGCAGGUCACUGCAGCCUUUAGGCACCUUAACUGGAGACACCUUCUGGAGGGGAGACAGCGCUCCCCUGAGCAGCCUCCGGAGGGGGAGAUGAGACGGUGCGCUGUCACUGGGUUGUAACAGCGGGGUUCCAGGAACGGGAUGUGGGUGUUAGCACCAGGACACCAUAGCCUGUAUUUUGCCCAGCAUUGUGCAAGUAAUUUGGGAUAAGAAACUGUUUGAAGUUUCUAACUUACAGACUGGUUUAAAGUAGUGAUGCCCAGAGAGCAAGCAUACACCAUUUUAGAGGCUUACUUUUCAUGGUACAAAAGCAAUUCUGUGUGACUUUUUAAAAAAAGAAAAAUGCAAUCUAGUUUUGAUAAUGGAAAGCCAAAUUUGAGGAGGGUGGAUAAAAAUCACUAUGAGAACAUUUUUUCCAAGAUUUCCAAAGAGGUGAAAUUUUUCUAUCCUUCAAGUCUUCAUGAUAAACAGUACGGCAGAUUGGGUUGGUUGUCCUUGCCCAGUCUCCUGUUUUCCAAAAAUUGCCUUUAUAAAGUGAAAUUAUCAGGAUGCAGUAGAAACUGUCAUUCACAAAGUCAUUAAUAGACUUAACUGUUUUCAAGGCCCUCUCUGCACUCCCCUCUCUCCCCUCGGACACUGCCUGGAGGAAGGUACACUACCGCUGUGAGCGCUCUCCACACUGUGUGUGCACUCCCCCUGCCAUCAGAGAGUGUGUUUGGCUGCACUGGGGUGGGGAGCAGGCGUGCAGGGUCGGGCGGGGGGUCUGAGUAGUCUGUGCACAUGCCCAACACCCUCUUCUCCUGGGACUCAUGCGGGCCAUCUUCCUGAGAGCACGUCAGAGACCCUCCAGCAUACUUCUAGUUCCCCAGCCCAAAAGAAGGAGCUUAAUAUGUUAAACAUCAUUGCUUAAGAAUUUGGGGUAAGUUGGAGCUUCCUAACAGGUGGUUCUACCACCACAGCUCCUGAAAGGAGAGCCAGGCACCUGUGGACGUUGCUGAACACAGGGCACUUUUCCUGCCCGGGGCACGCCCGGCAGGCUGUCCUGCAGCCCUUCCUCCCUGCAAUUCUUGGGUUACUUCUGUUUCAGGGACUUUCAGGUCAACAACAAGUGGAAUGAAUAAAUACUUGGUUACCAGCCUAAUAAUGUGAAUUGCUACAGAAUUAAUCUUAUUAUGUAAGAAAACAAAAACUUUAUGCAGAUACUUUAGCUAUAAAUUGAUGUAAAAUACUGAUUUUUUUUUAAAAGGAUGGGGAGAAGAGUAUCUUGUUCACUUAUUAUGCAAUCAAUCAGUAAAUGUUUUUUAAAUGAUGCUAUGGCAGAGCUUAGUAAGGAGAGAGCCUGGAUGAGCCAGUGCGGUGUGGUCAGGACGAAUCAGUGUGGUUGUUCCAUCCCAGUGGAGGGAGAGGAGGUGAGAGGGAAUCAGAACGUACUUACUUGAUUCCUUGGUGACAAGUGCAAUGGGGUAUGGGUAGAAUUUAUUUUCAGAGCCAAGGGGACUUGAUGGUUAUAAAUAAAGUUGCUUUUAGCGAUGGAAUUUAUAGACAGAUCAUGUUGUUCCGAAAGAUGUGAAUAGGAUCCACAGUAGCAAGUUGGUUUAGAAUAAUGUAGAUAUAUCUAGAUUAGCGGUGUUGAUCAUUUGAUUUCUUAGACUGAGGUUUUAAUUGGAUUUUUAUUAUGUCUCCCGAUAGUACAAAGAGCAUCGGGAUUAGGAAAUUAGCCAUUUGGGAUUCUGCCUGCCACAAACAGACAUAUUCUAAACAGUGCUAUUAAAUUUUAGACUGUUGUUCAAAUAUUUUAUUUUCUCUUACAGCUGCUUUUUAUUAUGAAUAGUGAAGACCAUUUAAAACACGGGAGUACAAGUAUUUUUUUGAAUUAAAUUAACUUGCAAAAACCAAAUUUGCAGUGGUUGGGUUGUUUCUAGACAGACUUUGGUAUCAAUUUAAAACCAAGGUAAUUUUUAUAUUCUUUCCAAUAGAAUUUCAUGACAACUCCUGCAGUUUUCUUAACCGAAAAAAAAGUGCUGCAAUGAUGAACAAAGAAUUAUACAAAACCUACUUUUGUACCUUUAUUUUGGAAUUUCUUGUUCUAUUAUAAAUAUGGAAGUAUCCCUAUCUCAGAAGACAUAUUUUGUUAAAAAUGAAUUGUACAUAUUUAAAUAUGUAUUUUUGCACAGGUCUUUUUUUCUGAUAUCCUGUUUUGGUACAAUUGAGAUCAUCUAGUAUUUAUUUAUUAAUUAAUAAAAGUAAAUACCUUUUUAUAAUUUGAAGUGGUUCACUGCCAAGCCAAUAGUUCUAGAACCUGCCUCCUUUGCAGUUUAAGGGAUGCCUCUGUCCUGUGAACGUCUUUCUGUCCCUUUGACGUCUCGGGAGUGGAUUCAGCCGAUGAAGUGGGCAUUGCUUCUCCCUCGUUGCCUGGCUUCCCGAUGGAUGACUUGUAACUAAGUGACACACUGCUUUUCUUUUGUUUUAUGUGAGAGAGAGAGUGUGUGCCUGUGUGUUUGUAUGUGUACCCUCUGAGCACACGUGUGUUGAUAUGUGAUGUGGUUUAAAACUAAUGGAAAAAAACUGAAAGUGCCUGAACCUAGUUUUAAGCUUAGACAGAUUCUCUUUAAAAAGACUUGAAUGUUCAGUUGAGCUUUUGGAGUUUGUUUUUCCACCUAAAUACUGUGUCUAAAAAUUUAGGAGAGGAGUUGAAACCACCUAUGCUGGUCAUUUUAUAGGUAUUUUAAAGACUUGUUGGUUCACCAUAAUUCAACUGGUGGUGGAUUGCCCAGUGGCACCAGGCGUUACAAAUCUUUUUGUCAGCCAGCAUCUUACAUGACGUGUCCAUUUUGUUACUCACUCAUGAAAUACUGAGUUUAAAUAGAAUAUUUAAAUUUUUUGUAUUCCAAAAAUAUAAUACAGAGUACCUCUGAGAACAUUGACGAAUAAUGUGUAAUUUGAAAAAUGUAAUUUAUAAAGGCAGCUGUCUUCCUGCGAGUUCGUUGCCAAGGAAUUCCUUGAUAUCUCUCAUUCUUUCCUGGGGCAAAUGUUGGGCUUUGGAAAAUGAAUGUUAAAACUUUCAUUGUUUAGAAGAAAGUAAUCAUUUUUACAUUUUGUGCAAAACAUUUUACAUUUUCAGAUCAUUGAAUGAGCACUACAUACUGUCAGGUGAAUGUGGGGCUUGAAAGCAGUUUGCUGUUUUUGGAGCUUGGUCAUAAAAGCAAUCUCCUGUGUUAAAUGUGUGACUCGUUUGGUAAUUGUGCACAGAAUCAAGAGCAUCUCCGCUGGACUUUGUGUUGGCUGCUGUAUAGAAUAAGAACAAAUGUCAAGGGAUAGAAAUUACUUUGGAUAUUUAAAAGAGAAGAAAUAUAUAGUCUAUUUGUUUUGUAACAAGUUUCUGUAAAUAAAAUAAUUUAUACUAUUUAUAAGAAAAAGUUGUGCUUUGCUUUAUGAGAAAUUAGUUUGUGGAACAAACAUGUUACUAAUCGGGCAAUAAAAUUAGGACUUCUCAAUAAAUAAGGUUGGCUGCAUGAA